AGCAAAACUCGACCACACGGAAAGUGUCAGGCCAGCGUUCUUAACGGAACUACAUUAUAGGCGCAGCUAGCGAGAGACACACAACCAUGCCUCUCCUUCCCGCCAUCGUAGUUCUUCUGUGUUCCGUCUGGACAACCGACGCACAGACAGGCGAAUGCUGCGCCAAGAACUGUUGCACGUUCAAGUGUUGCCAAGAACGAGGACUCGCUAACAAGAUACCAGUUGAUCCUGCAGCCACCGGCAGCAUUGGCGUGGGAGGCAGUGACCCCACUCGCGGCACAGGUUCAACCACUGCCUACUUCUAUGACACUGCAGUGGGGCCAAACGCAAUCGGGGGAGGAUAUAGGAACCAAGGUUCGGGAGGAAAUCCCACGGGGUUGUUCCCCUACCCUGAGGAGGUGGUGAACUACCUCGACCUGUCAGCUACAUCCGGUAUGGGAUCAUCCAGGGCUGAUGCUGUUGCUGCAGCGGCUGAAAAUGCAGAGCGACAAGCCGAGGCCAUUAAUGAGGCGGCAUCAGGAUUGAGAAAAAACCUCGAAAGAGCAGGAAUAUCCUCAGAUUUGCAAAUGGCUGCAGCUCUCUCAGGUGGACCUAUGUCGAUGAAUGUUUUAGGAGGCGGUGUCGGUGGACGCACCGUGAGUGGGACAAGUUCAAGUUCUGGAUCUGCAAUGAACACACUUGUGCAAUUUGGUGGAGGCUUUGCUGACCCUCAGACAAACGCAUUUUCCCAAGCUGAUGCCGAAGCACGAGCCAAAGCUGGUGUUCAAGCACAAGCACAACCAGGUGCCGCUGCCCAAAUUGGGGCUGCACCACGUUCACAAGCUGAGGCACAAGCCAUCGCAGAGGCUCAAGCACAAGCACAAGCACAAGCUCAAGCACAAGCACAAGCACAAGCACAAGCACAGGCACAGGCACAGGCUCAGGCACAAACUCAGGCACAAGCUCAAGCACAAGCACAAGCUCAAGCACAGGCACAGGCUCAGGCACAAACUCAGGCUCAAGCUCAGGCACAGGCACAGGCACAGGCACAAGCUCAGGCUCAAGCUCAGGCACAAGCACAGGCACAGGCACAGGCACAAGCUCAAGCUCAAGCUCAGGCACAAGCACAGGCUCAGGCUCAGGCUCAGGCACAGGCUCAGGCACAAGCUCAGGCUCAAGCUCAGGCACAAGCACAGGCACAAGCUCAGGCUCAAGCUCAGGCGCAAGCUCAGGCUCAAGCACAGGCACAAGCUCAGGCUCAGGCUCAGGCUCAGGCUCAAGCUCAGGCUCAAGCUCAAGCUCAGGCUCAGGUACAGGAAAAGGGUGGAAUCCAGGCCCUUCCGGGACACCCCGGUUCAGGAAUGCAGAGUAACCAAGCCGGCACCACAAACCUAGAAGCAGCUGCUCUUGCUAUGGCUGAGGCUGUUGCCGCCGCCGAGGCAGCUCAGUCAGCUGCUGAAGGAGCUAAUGUCACACCUAAUGUCGAUGGAUUUACCAAUUUCUUCAACAAGCCGGCUUUCCUAGAUGCCCAGGUCGACCCGGAGAUAAAGGCAAAUGUUAAUCUAAACAGCGUGGAACCCGUGAAAGGGGCACAAUCAGAAAUAAAUCUUUUAGGAUCGUUUGGUAUGGGAAACAAUUCCCCAUCGUGGGCUGGGCCAGGAGGAAGUUCGGCAGUAGGUUCAUCACAAGCAACAGGAGGUUCACAAGCAGUCUUGUCACAGGAAGGGGCUCAAGCAUUUGGCUCAGCACAAGCUACCGGGGGCUCACAGGGGAUAAGCAACAUUGUUGCAGCAGAAGGGGGAAACGCAGUUGGUGUGGCACAAGCUAUAGCAGAGGCACAGGCCAUGGCAAAUGUUAUUGCGGCGGAAGGCGCUCAAGCAUCUGGAUCUUCACAGGCUGCAGGACGCUCACAAUCUGUUGCUAAUGUUUUAGCUGCAGAAGAAGCUCAAGCAAUAGCUAUGGCACAAGCUAUAGCAGCUUCGGAGGCAGUUGCUGAUAUUAUAGAUGAAGGAGCACAAGGGAUGGGUUCGGCACAAGCAUCAAGCGGUUCACAAGCAGCAACAAACAUUGCAGCAACAGGAACGGCUCAAGCAACAGGUUCAUCCAAGGCUGGGAGUGGUUCACAGUCAAUGACCAACCUUUUAGCAGCUGAGGAAGCUCAAGCGAUAGCAAUGGCAGAAGCAAUAGCAGCUUUACAGUCGAAUGCUGAUACUACCGCUGCAGGAGGAUCUCAAGCUGUUGCCGGUGGACAGGCAGUUUCUAGUGCUCAGGCAGUGGCAGAGGCCAAUGCGAUAGCAAAUGCUCAGGCCGCCGCUCAAGCACCAGCAGGUCUAGGGUCACAGGCGGACGCAGUUGUUCAAGCAGCAGCUGAAGCACAAGUAAUGGCUAAUGCCAUUGCAGCUGCUGAAGCACAGGCGUUGGCUAUAGCACAAGCAGAAGCCAAUGCACAAGCAGCCACUGGGGCUCAAGCAGGUGUUCCGGUAGGUUCUAAUGCAGCUCUGACAGAUGAGCAGGCGCUUGCUCAAGCCAUGGUCCAGUCACAAGCACAGAUCCAAGUCCUUACCCAGUCCUUCUCAGCUGCAGAUGUGCGUGUAAAAGCACAUGCCAUAGCACAAGCCCAGGUAGCAGCGACAUUGCAGGCCCUGGUUCAGGCUGAAUCAGGAGCUCUUUCAACAGCGGAAGCACAAGCAUGGGCCCAGGCGAAGACAGCAGCAGAUUCUCAAGUACAACUUUGGGGUCAAGCACAGACAUAUGCAGUGGCAGAGGCUACUGCUUUAGCCGAGGCAGUGGCAUCAGCUCAAUCGAUACUGCAAGUUAACACUCUAGCAGAAGUACGGGCAUUCGCAAAGGCACAGGCCGAUGCAGAAGCAAACGCUGCCAUCGCUGCUGAAACUGAGGCAAAAGCUAUUGCAGACAUACAAACUGUUGCAGCCAUUCAAGCCCAAGCUGAAGCACAGGCUCGGGCACUAGCGACAGGGAAUGCACAAGGUGGUGCACAGUCACAAGCACAGGCACAAGCUCAAGCACAAGCACAAACAGGGUCCGAGGCACAAGCACAAGCUCAGGCACAGGCACAAGCACAAGCACAAGCUCAGACACAAACUCAAGCACAAGCACAGGCCCAAGCUCAGGCACAAGCUCCAGCUUCAGCCCAAGCUCAAGCACAAGCACAAGCACAAGCGCUGGCAAUAGCGCAAGGACAAGCAGGAACACAGGCCGGAACACAAACUCAAGCACAGUCACAGGCUCAGGCACAAUCACAAGCACAAGCAGGUUCCGAAGCACAAGCACAAGCUCAGGCACAAGCUCAAGCACAGGCACAAGCACAAGCUCAGGCACAAGCACAAACACAAGCUCUAGCACAAGCACUAGUUAAAACCCAAACAGAGGACGACGAUCAAGCGAAGGCACAAGCUCUAGCACAAGCACAAGCUCAAGCUCAAGCACAAGCACAAGCACAAAUUCAAGCAGAGGCCGAGGCACAGGCACAAGCUCAGGCUCAGGCACAAGCUCAGGCACAAGGUCAAGCACAAGCAGAGACGCAAGCACAGGUUCAGACACAAGCUCAGGCACAAGCUCAAGCUCAAGCUCAGGCUCAGGCACAAGCACAAGCACAAGCACAAGCUCAGGCACAAGCACAAACAGGGGUCGGGGCACAAGCACAAGCCCAGGCACAGGCACAAGCCCAAGCUCAAGCUCAAGCUCAGGCACAAGCACAAACAGGGACCGAGGCACAAGCACAAUCUCAGGCACAGGCACAAGCACAAGCUCAGACACAAGCUCAAGCACAAGCUCAGGCACAAGCUCAGGCACAAGCACAAGCACAAGCUCAGGCACAAGCUCAAGCACAAGCUCAGGCACAAGCUCAAGCUCAAGCACAAGCACAAGCUCAAGCACAAGCUCAAGCUCAAGCUCAGGCACAAGCACAAACAGGGGUCGGGGCACAAGCACAAGCUCAGGCACAGGCACAAGCCCAAGCACAAGCACAAGCACAAGCUCAGGCACAAGUUCAAGCACAAGCACAAGCUCAGACACAAGCACAAGCUCAGGCACAGGCACAAGCUCAAGCACAAGCACAAACAGGGGCCGAGGCACAAGCACAAGCUCAGGCACAGACACAAGCUCAAGCACAAGCUCAGGCACAAGCACAAGCUCAGACACAAGCUCAAGCACAAGCUCAGGCACAAGCACAAGCACAAGCUCAGGCACAAGCUCAGGCACAAGCUCAAGCACAAGCACAAGCUCAGACACAAACACAAGCUCAGGCACAAGCACAAGCACAAGCUCAGGCACAAGCUCAAGCACAAGCACAAGCUCAGGCACAGGCACAAGCACAAGCUCAGACACAAGCUCAGGCACAAGCACAAGCACAAGCUCAAGCACAAGCACAAACAGGGGCCGAGGCACAAGCACAAGCUCAGGCACAGGCACAAGCACAAGCACAAGCUCAGACACAAGCUCAAGCACAAGCUCAGGCACAAGCACAAGCACAAGCUCAGGCACAAGCUCAAGCUCAGGCACAAGCACAAGCUCAGGCACAAGCACAAGCUCAGGCACAAGCUCAAGCACAAGCACAAACAGGGGCCGAGGCACAAGCACAAGCUCAGGCACAGGCACAAGCACAAGCUCAGACACAAGCUCAGGCACAAGCUCAAGCACAAGCUCAGGCUCAGGCUCAAGCACAAGCUCAGGCUCAGGCUCAAGCACAAGCAGAGGCAGGGGCACAAGCUCAAGCACAAGCACAAGCACAAGCUCAAGCUCAAACAGAGGCCGAGGCACAAGCUCAGGCUCAGGCUCAAGCACAAGCUCAAGCCCAGGCUCAAGCUCAAGCAGAUGCCGAGGCACAGGCUCAGGCACAAGCUCAGGCUCAAGCACAAGCUCAGGCACAAGGACAAGCUCAGGCUCAAGCACAAGCUCAGGCACAAGCACAAGCAGAGGCACAAGCUCAGGCACAAGCUCAGGCUCAAGCUCAAGCACAAGCUCAGGCACAAGCUCAGGCUCAAGCUCAAGCACAAGCUCAAGCUCAAGCAGAGGCACAAGCUCAGACACAAGCUCAAGCACAAGCUCAAGCACAAGCAGAGGCACAAGCUCAGGCACAAGCUCAGGCUCAAGCUCAAGCACAAGCUCAGGCACAAGCUCAAGCUCAAGCAGAGGCCGAGGCACAAGCUCAGGCUCAAGCUCAGGCACAAGCCCAGGCGCAAGCUCAGGCACAAGCUCAAGCUCAAGCUCAAGCAGAGGCAAAGGCGCAAGCUCAGGCACAGGCUCAGGCACAGGCGGAUGCUCAAGCUCAAGCUCAGGCACAAGCGGAUGCUCAGGCACAAGCUCAGGCACAAGCCCAAGCAGAGGCCGAGUCACAAGCACAAGCACAAGCACAAGCACAAGCUCAGGCACAAGCACAAGCACAAGCUCAGGCACAAGCCCAAGCACAAGCUCAGGCACAAGCUCAAGCACAAGCUCAAGCAGAGGCCGAAGCACAAGCUCAAGCUCAGGCACAAGCUCAGGCACAGGCACAGGCUCAAGCACAAGCACAAGCUCAAGCACAGGCUCAGGCUCAAGCACAGGCUCAGGCACAAGCGGAUUCUCAGGCACAAGCUCAGGCACAAGCUCAAGCAGAGGCCGAGGCACAAGCUCAGGCUCAGGCUCAGGCUCAAGCUCAAGCACAAGCUCAGGCACAAGCACAAGCACAAGCUCAGGCACAAGCUCAGGCUCAGGCUCAAGCUAAAGCACAAGCUCAGGCUCAAGCAGAAGCGGAAGCUCAAGCUCAAGCUCAAGCUCAAGCUCAAGCACAAGCACAAGCUCAGGCACAGGCACAGGCACAGGCACAGGCACAGGCUCAAGCACAAGCAGAAGCCCAAGCUCAAGCACAAGCGCGUGCCGAAAGAGAUCUUAAAGCUUUGAAGAAACUCAAGGAACAAGCAGAAUCAAAUAUCAGGGCAUUUUCGCAAGUAUUGGCUGCCGCAGAUGCCGAGGCCCAGGACUAUACCAGCACUCUAACAAAGACUGUCGCAAGGGCGAAUUCACUGGCUCAGGCACAGGCAGCAGCUAAGUCAAAAGAUGAGGAGGAUGAGUUUGCUUUUGCCAAAGCAGCUGCAGAUACGUUGGUCCAUGUAUUAACACAAACACAGGCACACGCAACAGCAGAAGCCACCGCCUUUGCUGCUGCCUUAGAUGCUACCACAGGCAUAAUCCAAGCAGAUACUAUUGCACAGGCACAAUCACUAGCACAGGCUCGGGUAACUGCAGAAGCUCAAGCCCGAGCAGAAGCUGAAGCUAAAUCGCAAAUAGCAGCACAAGUUCAAAAAGCUACAGAUGCACUGGCUAAGGCGGAAGCAAAAGUACUAGCAGUAUCGAUGGCAAAAGUAGACGCAAAGGCAGCUGCACAGGUACAGGCUAAAGCAGAAGCUAAAGCAACAGCAGAAGCAGAAGCUAAAACAGCUGCAAAGUCGCUGGCACAAGCGCAAGCGAGCGCGGCUGCUCAGGCAGAGGCACAGGCUCAAGCGCAAGCGAGCGCGGCCGCACAGGCGCAGGUCCAAGCGCAAGCGAGCGCGGCUGCUCAGGCACAGGCACAGGCUCAAGCGCAAGCAAGCGCGGCCGCACAGGCGAAGGCACAAGCGCAAGCGAGCGCAGCUGCACAGGCGCAGGCACAAGCGGAUGCACAGGCAGCAGCACAAGCUAAGGCACAAGCUAAGGCAAAAGCGCAGGCCCAAGCACAAGCAGCUGCUCAGUCACAAUCAAGCAGUAACACAACAGGCGCAUCUAUGCCCGUGAAGAGGCAUGAUGUCCCCGACUAUCUGACACUGGAUGAACUACGUAUGUCGUUCACGACGGGGAGUUUUGACCGGAACACGUGGUACGGCAUCAACCCUCGCUUCUGUAAUCAGUUCCUGGAGUUCCACAUGAGCGAGAAGGGCGAGUUCUAUGUCGCCAACAGAAUGUGUCCGUAUGGCCUGUUUUGGCUUCAAGAUUACAUGAGAUGCAUGGCUCCAUCUUCUGUUCCCUGCAGCAUUGACCCCUGUCGUAUAAACGGGAAGACAGGCGUGGUGUAUGAUCGACAGGACACGUGCGGCGGCUUCUAUGAGUGUACCCGGGACACCAGCAGCCCCUACAUCUACGCCAAACCCAUGUGUUGUCCCGCCAACUACAGGUUCAACAGCAAGCGCGGCUACUGUGUUCCAGAUAAAAAGUGCACGGAAAAGUGUGGGGUUCCGUCCGAUCUUGCAUCCUCCAGCGGAUGCUCGAAGGUGGCCGUGCCAUUUGACCGCAUGGCCUACUACCAGGUGACCGACAGCCAGAACACCUACGCCCUUCAGGUGAUGCCCUGUCCCCCCGGGACCAUUUUCAGCCCCAUGAAGUGCCACUGCGUCACCUCGGCAAUGCUGGCCGGUCCCGACCUUGUCAACCCUUGCCUUCCUUCUCUGCGGUUUAAUUUCGACAUGGGGAAAGUGGAGGAUGUCAUGCACUCUGGAGCCGCAUUCGCUCAGCGGGAUGUGAAGAUCGUCCGUAAGAAGGGUCGUAUGUGUGCCCGGUUUGGCAAGGGCAGCUUCAUCAAGUUCUGGUCUUUCAGCAACAGGUCGCUCGGGAAGAAGUUUGGCUUGGUGCUUAACUUCCGCAUCAACUAUGUUCCUAACAAGCCUCAGUCCAUCAUCAGCAACUGUAACCGCCCCUCGGUGCAACUGUACAUCGUCGGCAAGACGCUGUACGCACGUGCAAACAAUGUGGAAAUAAAACUACCAUAUAAGAUAGGAAAAUGGAACAAUGUGAAAUAUAUUUUCGAUGCUACCCGCGGAAUGUUUGAACUGAUCUGUAACGACGACGUCCAGAUUGAAGGCGUACCUUCAGGAGAGGGUCUUGCUGCAACAUCGUCCUGCCUAACUAUUGGACUCUGUCUUGAUGGCUCCAGGCAUAUGGAAGGAUUCGAUGGCGAUCUUGAUGACGUUGAGAUAUUCGAGUGUGCACCCUCAGACUCUACAACACCCGACUCCCAGAAUCAGAUCGUGAGCAUCUUUCACUAAUUUAUUAUCAUCCAAUCAUCGGCUGAUAAUGGGUCACGAUGGAAAGAGCGUGGUACCGCCACAUUUCGUCGUCCCAAAGUUCACCAUUUUGUGAUUCCAUUGUGUGCACUCUCAGUUCGGCAACAUCAGGACAGCAAAGACUUUCUUAGACUGCACGGGUGUGAUUGUGACGUCAAAGGUCUUCGUUGUGUUAUGGACGUUCUGGUUUGUGAUGGUAGAAAUAAAUGAAAAUAUGAUUUCCUCUAACCAGUUGUUGAUCAAGCUGGCCAGCUGCCAGUUGCAGACGACUUCCGGUCGCCAUGUUUGUUAUACUUGUCUCCAAACGUGUUUUUACUAUUAAAUUUUUAUGAAAACA